GCCAAUAGUGCUUUUCAAAUAUUACAAUUUUAUUGCUGCUUUUUCUCAAAGAAUAAUAUUUAAGUAUUAUAAUUAGUUUUUCGAUGCGUUGUUUGUUAAGUUUGUCUAAAAAUAAUUACUUGGAAGUGAUAAGACGUUGUAAAUAUGGUUAAGUUCGGUAAGAGUAAGUUAAAAACUCUUAAUAAGUUAGCAAAGAAACAGAACGUGGUGAAUACAACAGCAACAGUCUCUAAUAAAAUUCUAAAGAAGAAAGUUAAUGCAGAUAGAAGAGUAACUUUCCAAAAGGAAGUAUUGUUUAAAGAAGCAGUCAGUGAUAAUUCUCUAGUUAAAAACGUGACCAAGAAGGACUUAUUACUCGAUGAAUUGCUAAAGAAAAUCUCAAAACCACAAAACACGAAAAAGAUGGUAGAAGCGGUCCACAAACCAAAACUAAAACCUGUUAAGAAGCAAAAACAACGCCAGAAAAUACAAAUUGAUGAUACGAAAUUAUUGUUAAAUUUAAUUAAGAAAAAGUAAAGAGUUUAUGUUUCAGACAUUUUGUGGAUAACAUAACCUAACCCUAAUAUUUGUUAUCAUAAAUAACUAUUGGUUAGAAUAUAAUAGGUAUAGAUUACAAUUAAGUCUAAAACUUACACUUAAAACAUGAUUAUUGCACCACUUAGAAUUUUACUCAUGCUUUGCUAUUGUGUAAUAAAAUCAGCUUCAAAAUUGACACCAAGCACACAGUUACCACAUAGAUGUAAUUAAAUAAAACCAUUACUACCAUUUGGAGUAGGUUUAAUUUGAUCGAAGCUCUUAUUAUUUGACAGGGCUGUGCUCAAAGUGGAGUUCGUGGUUGAUUUUAUUUCACAAUAGCACUGUUGUAACUGUUAAUUCUGUUCAAAUAAUAAAUGAAAAUAAAACAUUAGCAAAAAAAAUAUUGAUUC